GCGAACAAAGCAGACAACGUUAGAGGGAUCAUUGUAAAUUAUACUAAAAUAUCACAUAAUGGUACAGAGUACUCCAAGCAACACAUAUUGUUACUAGGUAACAAUUCAUUAAUUUUACUUAAGUUCUAAGAUCUCUCUAUGAAAUCUCUUUAACUCUCUGCCACGUAGUUUAAACAAUAUCAGUUCUGAGAAUUUGGUGUCAGAUCGGAAAAUACUUGCUACCUGAGUUUUUUCUUUAUUCUCAUUACCCCUAUGCCUAACAAUGCAUGGAUAGCAAAUGGAGAAAUUACUCAUUGGCAAGAAGAGGGGUGAACGUUUUACGUGCUUGCUGGUCGUGUCAUUUUGUUAAUUAACUAAAUACGACCAGCACAGAGAUCAAGAAAAUGAUUUUCAAAAGAUACUGUUGGAUUUUCUGUGUUUCCCUGGCUUUUCAAGAUGGUGAGACAUAUUGAAAUGUGUAAUUAAUACUAUUUCUAUUUGCUUCACUGAUGAUUUUUGCAACUGAAAAGUUCAUAUUGUCACAUCGCUACUUUCGUACAAUUCUCGAGAGGGAAGAAAAAUUACUUGAAAUAAUUUAUUUCGAUUUGAGUCGGCUGGUUGCAUGCUCAAGGGAAUGAUAUCCUAAAAAAGAAAAAUCUUUCCUGAAAAACAUUUCCAGUUGUCCAUUCAUAAACUUUUCUUGUCUUUCUUAUCGAAAAAAGGUUGAAAUGUAAUUAUAUUUCGAGGAUCAGAUGAUCCACUGAACCGAGAGCAAUAUACAUUCGAUCACAAGUUUUUUUUUUUAUUAUCAUAACUUUGCGAACUUUUUCCCAAAUGUGAUUGCCUUUUUUAUGAGAAAUAACUGAUGUAAAUUUUAAAACUAUCAUAAAAUUUUCAAAAAGUUUAGAAAAGGAUUAGUUUCCUGCAUAGGGAUCCUGUAUUAGCCUCUUAGUUACUAAAGAAUCACUUUAUUAGUUACAACGUAUUACUUUUCAUGACAAAGGGUGGGACCACAUCCCUAUUGCCACUCUCCUUCCUCUCACAGUUAUGUUCUUGUUUUUUGGCAGCAGUUCUCGCCAGUAUUGCUUCGGACUGUUUAGAAGAGCACAACCUUUACCGAAGGCGAUAUCAUGUCCCGGAUGUGAAGUACAGUACUAAGCUCGGGAACAGAGCUCAAAGUUUGGCGACUUUCAUGGCAAAAACUGACGCCGAACUGCGAAUUCAAGGAAAUGUGGAUGAGAACUUGUAUCAUAAAAACUCAUCACUUCCCAUGACUAUAAGUGAUGGUUUAGAGGACUGGUAAGGGGGGUAACUUAGGAACUUGAACACUAAAGGUUCAGGUUUGCCAAAUGAGUUUUAGCUUAAAAUAAAUUCCGUCCGGUAUAAUCCAGAGGUCCAUACAUAACAACGUUGUCAAUAAACCCUUACUCAGACCCCACCUUUGCUGUUUUCCUCACCAUUGCCAUGUACGUUACGAAAUAUUUUUUCUCUCACUUUGAUCUCGCUGAUAAUUUUCUUGAAGGUUAGACGGUGGUCUCUAUUACAACUAUAAAAAUCCACAAUCAAACUUCGAAAACAGUAACUUCAUCAGGGUAAGUGGUAUACGUUGACCUUUCCCUUCUUUUUUUUCUUGAUUUUUCCGAGAUAGUUCCUCGUAAUCCGUAUUCAAACACUUCUUGUAUAUUUAUCUGCUAGUAAUUCAAGAUGUGAAUAUGCUUCAAGAAUUAGAAUGGACCUUUUAAUUCCAUUGCUUUUUAGCUCGUUUGGAAAUCGUACUUGAGGAUCGGAUGUGGUUAUGCUUUAGUGAACAAGAACGAUGGCAUCGUUGAAACCUAUGUGGUGACUUUGUACGAACCACCAGCUCCUCGACAAUUAACUGCAGAAGACCUUAUGGCAAACGUUUACCAUCCCAGUAAUCGUUAA